CUCAGUCCAUUAAGACGCCAGGCUUAAGAAUCGCCUGUUGCUGAGCGUCUCUGCAGAACAGACGAUUCAGGCGCAGCGAGAAAAGGAACAAUGUCAGGACCGAGGCCCGUGGUGCUGAGUGGUCCCUCUGGGGCAGGGAAGAGCACCCUGCUGAAGAGGCUGAUGAAGGAUCACGAGGGAGUGUUUGGAUUCAGCGUGUCACACACAACAAGGAAUCCUCGACCAGGGGAAGAAGAUGGCAAAGGGCUGAACAAGCUCCCCAUGCUUCUGGGGGCUACUUUACUGCCUGUAGCAGACGUCUUUUCCUCUGAAACCUCAUUUUCGUGUCCAAACGAAUCAGAACACAAAGAUAAAGACUACCACUUCACAACUAGAGAGGCCAUGCAGGAAGGCAUCGACAACGGAGAGUUUAUUGAGAAUGCUGAGUUUUCUGGCAACAUGUAUGGAACAAGUAAAGCUGCUGUGGAAGAUGUACGAGCUAAGAAUCUGAUCUGCAUCCUCGAUGUGGAUAUCCAGGGGGUGAAGCGGAUUAAAGAGACUGAUCUGGACCCCAUCUACAUCUCCAUCCAACCUCCAUCCAUGGAGAUCCUGGAAAAACGCCUGAGAGACAGGCAGACAGAGACGGAGGAGAGUUUACAGAAACGUCUGGAGGCUGCACGCAUCGAUAUGGAGCUUAGUAAAGAGCCUGGAGUGUUUGACAUAGUUAUCAUCAAUGAUGACUUAGAGAAGGCCUACAAGGAGCUGAAAGAAAUCCUCAAUGAAGUAUGUAAACCCUGGAACAGUGGCUUUUAUCGAUUUGUGUUUAAUGCACAAGUUGCAGUAUUUUAUUAUUUCUCUCCUCACAGGAAAUCAAGAAGGUCCAGGAGGCUAAAUGAACCAAAAUCAAUUACCCACUUGCUUUGCUGCUUUUGACUCUGAUCAGAAUAACUCUCCCAGAGAAUGAACACGACUAAAGAAAAGAGCAGAAAAUAUGUUUUUUUUAUUUCUCUUUACAUUUCUCUGCGCCUGUGCUGUUUCCAUGCAGGUAAAGAAAUGCAAACGUUUGGGUUGAAAUGUUUUCAUUGCUGAGCAAGAAUUUGUUUUGUAGUUAGCUAAAGAAAAUCUGGUAAAAUGUAUGUAUGAAUAUCUUAAAACUGUAUAAUUUGAAACUUUCUUCUGGCCUCUAUUAAACACCUUUGGCACUUAUUUGUUAUAGCAAAUUUAGGGUUCAGAGUAUAAUUUCUCAGUGCUUUUUAGCCUAUUUGAAGCAUGAAUGUUCACAAUUAAUUGAUGGGAGAUAUUUUCACUGUAGUCAGCCUUUGAAAUAUCUAUCUUGCAAAAAUCCAGCUAGUAAGAAAUGAGAUGUAUGUAUGGAUAAACGGAUGGAUGGACGGCUGGAUGGAGAAAUCAUACUUUCAUAAACUGCAUAGAAACCCAGCACUACGUACUGUAUUUAUGCAUACUUUUGCUCAACACUAAUAUUAAAUAACUGAAAAUUUUCUUCACAGAGAAGACUUUGUAUUUUGUAGAUUUCCACUGAUGUUCAAUAUCACAUAUUUAUACAGAAAUGUGGAUAAAUAAAGAGAUUGGGGACAUUAACAAAGCACUUCUAGUGUCAUUUAUUAUAUUUUUUCCAUUCACUUCAAGACAGGAGGUCAUUCAUAAAACACGCAUUUUUCUAUUUAUUCGUUGCAAACUUAUGAGUAAUAUAGUCUGGAAUAUAUUUCUGAAAUUUUCUCUUGUUUUCUUAAAACACACAAAAAAAAGAUGUUACAUGUAAGACCAAACGUGCGUCUGUUUGACAUUUUAACAGAUAAAGGCAACAAAUCACUUUGAGAGCAAUUAAAAUCUUUCAAUUCAUGCAUCAAUGUGCAGUCCUAGCUAAUCCCUGAUAUGAUUCCAUCAAAACCAAAUCAAAAAGAUUUCACAAACUGAGACUCAUUAAGACGCGUUCAAAGUCAGGAUAUUUCAUUUUAUGAAACUAACUUUUUUUUGUUUAA